AAUUGAGGACAUGGCCAACCCUUAUGACUACCCAAUGAUCAGCCAGGGUGAAAUCACUGUCAAGAGUAUCGAUGAUGUGGAGGAGUUCAUUGCCACAGAUACUGCCAUUGACAUUCUGGGCUUCAGUGCUGAUGAGAAAAUCAGCAUCUACAAGCUGACAGGUGCUGUGAUGCAUCAUGGGGCCAUGAAGUUCAAACAGAAGCAGAGAGAGGAGCAGGCCGAACCUGACGGCAAUGAGGGUAAGAUAACAUUUUAGCACAAAUUAACAUAUAAACAUUCACU